AUGAAGUUUGUGGCGUUGAUCUCUGGAGGAAAAGACUCCUUCUUCAAUAUCCUCCAGUGUCAGCAGAAUGGACACGAUCUCGUGGCAUUGGCCAACUUGCAUCCCAACGACAAGAACAGAGAUGAAAUUGAUUCAUUCAUGUUUCAGACGGUGGGCCACUCUGUCAUCGAUUACUAUAAAGAGUGUGUUGGAGUCCCACUUUAUAAGAGAGCAAUAACUGGAGGUUCAAAGAACGUUGCACUCGAGUAUGUGCCCACAACCAGCGACGAAAUCGAGGAUCUAUAUGAGCUUUUGUUGAAAGUUAAGGAAUCUCACCCCGACGUCGAAGGUGUGAGUUGUGGAGCCAUCUUAUCGCAUUACCAGCGAACCAGAGUGGAAAAUGUAUGUGAUAGGCUAGGUUUGACUUCUUUGGCUUACCUUUGGCAGGAAAAUCAAGCUGAAUUGAUGAGGAAGAUGUGCAAUCUGGGACUCGAUGCUCGUUUGGUGAAAGUGGCUGCUGUGGGACUAAACGAAAAGCAUUUGGGGAAGCUGAUCAGCGAGAUGUAUCCAAUUUUGACCAAAUUGAAUCAGAUGUACGAUGUCCACGUAUGUGGAGAAGGCGGAGAAUUUGAGACAUUAGUGUUUGAUGCCCCCUUCUUCAAGAAGAAGCUCGAGAUUGUUUCGCUGAAGAUUGUGGCCCAUUCAUCCGAGGUAUCGUACAUCACGGACUUGGAAAUAGAUGUUCUCGACAAGGAGGACACUUCCGUGGAAAAAAUAGUGACACCUUCGCUCUUGCUGGAGGAGUUUGCCAAUGUGGAACGGCAGGUUGAAGAUUCCAACAUCUGGAAUGCACACGAAAAUACAUUCGGGCCAGCAGUGUUUGCUCUUCUGCCUCGUGUUGCCAAACUCAACACCAGAAUCUAUAUCUCUAACGUCAUUUCUUCGUUGGAGAGCCUAGAGGACCAAACUAAAGACAUCAUGACCCAAAUCGGCAUGUACCUUCGUGCCGAAGGCGCCACUUUCGCUGAUGUCCAGCACAUGACAGUUUUGGUUCUGGACAUGUCCAGUUUUUCCAGAGUCAAUAUGAUAUACGGAAGCUUUUUUGCCGAUAUCUUUCUUCCGCCAUCUAGAGUGUGUGUGGAGACAACCUUACCAUAUUCCCAUUUAGUACAGAUUUCAUGUGUGGCUUUGAGACCUACUUACCAGAAAAUGGGGAUCCAUAUCCGCUCCAGAUCCUAUUGGGCUCCCCAGAAUAUUGGCCCAUAUUCACAGGCAAUUGUGGAAGCUCGCCCAACCUUCAAAACUGCCACAUUAUCCGGCCAAAUCCCUCUCGAACCUGCAAAUAUGACCAUUGAUGAUAGUGCCCUGGCCAAGCAUAAUGCUGUUCUUUCCCUUCAGCACCUCUACAGAGCGAAGAAGCUAAUUGGAGUUCAGCACAUUGCUGACUGUAUAUGCUUUAUCACCAGUAAGACUUCGCCAUCAUUAGUGGCUAAAGUCUGGAACUCUUAUGUAGAAGAAGUUGAAAACGGACAGGACUUCUGCAACAGAUUGUUGAUUGUGCAAACCACAGGGUUGCCUCGAGGUGCCAAUGUGGAGUGGGGAGCUCUUUCUUACGAGAAGGUAGUGGAUAUGUACGAAGACGAGGGAACAAGCGACCACUGGAACCCAGAAAUUGAAACAGUUAGUAAAAAAUUCAAGGCAUCUGUGGUUCCAGUCGGAGAUGGACAUGUUGUGAAGUUGGUGGGAGUUGAUAUCCUGGCCGCAAUUGACUUCUUGCGCAGUCCAGCACUUUCGGUCUCCAGCGUGACUUUCUACUCAACGUUGGAUAACAUUCAUAAGUUGUCGAAUAUGGGACUCUCUGCUGAAUGGGUGCCAGUUUUGGGAGUGUGGGAUAGUGAUGGUAGUGAGUGUGCAUUUGGAAUGAUCUGGAUAUCUUGA